AUGCCUCUCAAUGAACGCAAGACGCCCUCACUGGGAAGUCUGUUUACUCUCUUGAUCAAAGCUGCUUCGUGUGUGCCAUAUCUAUCGUUUCCAAUCAGUUUUCAGGUUCCACCUGUGGCAUAUGCUUCACUUCCAUUCGACUUUCAGUUUGCCGCCACAACUUUCACCUCGACUGGUCCUCAAGUCCUCUAUGGCUUGUCCAAUGGCCCAGAAUGGCUAAACCUCGACACUAUUGGUCGGCGUCUAUACGGAACUCCUCAUGCAGACGAUGUGGGAGCUACAACAUUUCAGCUGACUGCUUCAGAUGUUGCAGGAGCUACAACGACCAGCGUUGCCUUAGUCGUACUUGACUCCAUGGUCCUGACGCUACGGGAGCCCAUCACGGCAUACCUGGCUGAACCUAGGCCGGCUUCAUCAUCGCCUCAUUCGCUGUUCCUACGCCCGGCGCAGCCCUUUACAUUCAAGUUUGAUCGCAGCUUGUUUGGUGGUUCGAAUGCUGAUACCGAAUAUUACGCGAUCUCGGAAGACAAUUCUCCGCUCCCUUCAUGGCUACAAUUCGAUGUCACAGAGCUCCUGUUCUCAGGUGAUAGCCCUCCGUUGCGCUCGAAGACGGCGCCUGCACAAAGAUAUGGAUUUCGGCUGAUUGCAUCCAAUAUCGCGGGCUUCGCUGAGGCGAUUGCUAAGUUCGAUGUAAUCAUCGAUCUUCACAUCCUGGCCUUUACGAACCCUUCUUACACUAUCACGCUGACUGCGGGCGAGCCUUUGGACACUAUACCCCUUCGAGAUCUGUUGAUGCUGGACGAUCGGCCUAUCUCAGAUGAUGAAAUUGCGAGAGUUGUCAUAGACGGACCACCCUGGGUCGAAUUGAAUGCGAGUGAAAUGUCACUAAGUGGCUACCCCAAGUCACAAACCAAUACGAUCAUUACAAUUUCCGUGACAGAUGUGUUUCGGAACAGUGCUAAUGCAACAUGGUCGCUUGAUUUUGAGGAAUCGCCCAUUGUAUCUUUAGGUGUUGUUGCAGAUAUCGAGGUCUCGGCAGGACAGCAUCUUCAAUACACUUUUGAUAUCCCACCAAAAUUCUCGUCGAUGCAAAUAGACCUUGACCAUGAAGAUGGAUUGAGUUGGCUCAAGUAUAAUGCAACAAACAUGACCAUAUAUGGCGAUAUACCUUCAUCCUCACCAACCAACGUUUGGAAUGUCUCAAUCUCCUUCCAAAAUGCAACAGUAAGUGCCACAGGUGUUGUCAUCCUACGUGUGACAACGAGCAUUAGACCGACUACAACAACCUCAACAGUGGACGAGACAAAUACACCCAGUGGUCCGAGUACUUCUCUUGGAGCUACUAUAACAUCAAAGGUGACCCCAAAUCGGCAAGCUUCGGAUAGCGACUGGAACCCUGUCCUUCUCGCUGUCUGUUUGUCUGUUGUUGGAUUCAUCGUCGUGUGUUUGAUCUUUCUCCUUGUGUUGUACCGCCAUCAAAAAAGACGGAAGGAUAAGGACAAUACUGUAGACAACGCAACUCCUUCCCGACCGACAUCGCCAAAUGAAAACGGGACUAACGGGUUACAACCAUUAUCACUCUUAUCGCUCACGUCGACCAUUGAGCACCCGGAACCUGUGAGGAGUAACCUUCCCCUUAGACCACCGAGGAUUGAUCUUGCGUGGUCGAAUGAUUCUUUGCAAAAAGCAAAGUCAAGAAUAUCAGGCUCAAGAUCUUCUGAGCAGCAGAGAAUGUCUAGACUGUUUAACGUGGAUUCAAAUGCGGCAGGUCCGAAAGCUCCGCAAGCGUCAACGCAGGUAAGGAACGCGAGGAGUAGAGGAGGUAGUUCGCUGGGGGAAUGGCAGCCAUUUCCGUUGCAGGACAGUCUCCUGGCCUCUUCAAUGAAUCAGCCGAUCGCUUCCACCAGCCUGAGCUGCAUAAGAGGCGCAAGGAGAAGCUUGCAAAGCCCACCAAAACGCGGAUCGAUAGGACUUCCAGACAGGAGAAGUGGUGCAGGACAUGGUUCUGGUAUCAUAAGCGACACUGGGAUGGAACAUGAGUGGGGAGACCCAUUGACACCGUGUCCUGUGAAUGGAAAACAUCGCAGUACAGUGGCUCUUGAAUCAUUCCCUCUCCCACCUUCGGAGCCAGCAAGUGCUACAGCAAGAUCUAUUUCACCUUUCGGGGUACUCUUUGAGUCGAUUGAGGGAUCGUUGAGUUUUGAGGCAGAGCGUCAGAAGUGGCAUACAGAGCGUGCUAGAGCCCGCUUAGAAGGAGCAGCCCGGUUCUCAAAUCGGGGCUCUUCAAGGUUGAUUUCCGCCUCGCGAUACAACAAUCACGAGAAGAGCAAGCUGGGGAUCUCAACACUUUCGGGUGGGAGCGCUAUGGAGCACCACCAUGAAGUCCGCGAUCAACUAGAAUCCAGGGAGCAUUCAUGGUCAAAAUGGUCAGGAACUGGUCCAGCAGCUCAAGACCUAGAACUGAUGCGCAGUCCGCUUGGAAACACUGAAGCAAGCAUGAUUAAUAGAAAGAGAGGCGGUAGCACCGCAAGCAGCAGACAAUUUGACUCCGUCGCCUCCUCAGGCAGUUUAUGGGAAGAUGAAAGUCCUUCCAAAGCACCAGAAAUCACGGGCGCACGUUUGCCAUUCAGUCCGUUGACACAGUCACAAGAGAACAUGAGCGGAGGCGAUACGGAGGCUUCCUUGAGACAAGAGCGAGUGGCAGACAAGCGAAAGCCGGUGAAUGUGGAAAAUCGUGGGUUGAGAAGGGUUCAAAGCAGCCAACAGGGUAGUCUUAGUAGUCUACGGUAUGUUUGA